UCGCCCGCCCGCCGCGGCCUGGCGGCCCUUCCAGCCCGGCCUCGCCUUCCCUGCGAGUGUCCGGGAGAGACCCCUGAUUGGGACCCUAGACGGUGAUCAGUAGCGACUCAGGAAUGGACGAGAUUUCCGAGACUCCUCCGAGGUGGGCACCGCGGACGAACCUCACGUAUUCUCUUGAAAUUUCAUCCCACAAUUUGCUUUAAAUACAGCACCUUGGAUUUGCUUGAUUGGUCAUUGGUAACUUAACAAGCAUGGAGAUAAAAUUAGAAGUUUUGACAUCAACAAGUAUCAAGCAGAAAAGACCCUGGCCGAGAAUUUCAUGGUUGGGAUAUGAGAAUGAAGCUGUUUUUCUUUUGGAUGAUAAAUUCAUAAAUGAAAUCAAUUUGCUAUCAGGAAGAACAAAGAAGAUUCCAAGUCUGCAGCCUUUGUUGAAAGAUGUUUUUGUCCUGACAACGUCCAGUAAUGAUGCCUGGCUGGCUGGGGUACUCGCCACAGGGGACCUUUUCCUUUGGAACAAAGAUCAAGAUUACGUGAAAUCUAUACAAACAACUGAAAAGCCUAAGGAUGGGAUUAAACUUGCAGUAGCAAGCUGUUUAAGACUACACCUAUAUGUAUCUGGAAAUGGGAAAAGAAUUCUGCUCAUAAUGCCUUCUGGAUUCAUAUAUCUUUGGGAAUAUCUGGAAUUGAAGAAUAUCUUAUCUUCUAAGAGUUCCCCUUUGGUGGGUCGAUGGUCCCAGAUCAUACCUGAAGAUUCAGUUCUUUUGCCUUCCACUGAAGAUAAAGAAGCUGUGGUGAAUGCUGUUUUUAUAAAAAAUGAGUUAUUUGGAGACUGCUGCAUGUGUUCAUUUGCUUUUUAUUCUGGGGAAUGCCUGAGAGUAACAUUUCUAGCAAUUCGAUGGCAUGAGAGUGCAUUUAUACCUACAAGGUCAUUGCCGUACUAUGUUCACUGGGCACAAAAAGACCAUCUUCUGUGUAGUCUAAAUCCCAAAUGUGAAUCAGUAAAGUCAAGAGGAGCUUUAAUUUCUUCCUUUUCAAGAGAUGGCCUUACCUUGGCAGUGGCUCUCAAUCAAAAAGACCCAAAGGCAACUCAGGUAUUAUUUAUAAACACAGUAAAUUUUGUUAUUGUCUGUGGUAGCCUGAAAGGAUGCAGUAAUAAAAAUCCUGUUGUUCCAGUUGCACUUAUCAGGUCCUAUUGGGUAGGUGACAUCAGCUGGACCCAUGAUAAUCUUUUUCUGGCUUGUGUUUUAAAACGUGGCUCCCUGGUUUUACUGACCUGCCAAGGUGAACUGCUAACAUUAAUUACAUUUGGUUGCUCUAUAGAGUUUGGGCCAGCAGAAUUUAUUCCACUUCAUCCACUCAUAACAUAUAGGCCACCACAGUUUACAUUUCAAGAUUCAAAUGAUUCUGUGGAUUCAUCAGCUUCUGAUGAUGACCCUAUGAGACAGAGAUUUUCUAUAAAAGCACACUCUUGGUUACCCUACCUCAUCAUUUCUGAUGGGUACAUGGUCACAACGCUUCGAUUUCUUGAUAACCUGUCUCCAUCAGUGCUUAUGCAAUCACUUCUACUUGAUUCAACCCAGAAGCUUGAGAAAUCCUACCAAAGUGUGAGACUGUCUAAGCCAAAAGGCAAAGUGCUGAACUUGAGAUCACUGGAUUCCCUCAGGUCUAACUUAUUAAAACAUGGAAAAAAUGAAAGUUCACUGGAUUCCACUUUACCCAAAUUUUUGCAGGCUGAAGAAACAAUAAAGUUAAAUGAAGAAACAGCAGAUUUUCAGAAUUUUGAAGCAGAAGAAACUAAUGAAGGCAAAUACUUCCCAAACAACUUACUUCCUUUUUGGAACCAAAAAAAUGAUCCAUUGUUUAACAGUGUCAAGGAAGGAAGAUUGGAAUUCGCCUCUAUGUUUGAUACAAUGCAUGCAAAGGAUGAUACCAGCGAGACAGAUAGAACCAUUACAGAAAUAUAUUCUAUCCAGAAAAAUCUACUUGCAGCAUGGACAAUAGGGAUUUCAAGAAAUAUCACAGAAAAAACCUUAAUGUUAAAUUAUACAAUCGUUUGUAUCACUCAUUUUUUCUAUAUUCUUCAGUUUAUAAAAUGUCCUUUCCCCAAACUUGACCACUCUUUAAGUGAGAGCCCAAAAGAAAAUGCGUGGGUACUUUGUAUCUUUCAACUUUUCCAGCAGUGUUUGUUGAUCCAGUAUUGGGAUGUGAGAUACAAACAAGGUGUGGGACAUUUGCUAAGACUGACCUCAAACACUGUAAAGCUUUUGCUGACCCAGCAACAAAAGGACCAGUUAUUCUCAGAGAAACUUUUAGCCUGUUUCUAUUUACUCAGAAUGGUAGCUGAUAAUUUAAAUGGUAUGUACAACCUUGAAGCUGAACUUAUUUCAUCAUCAGCUGGUGGAAAUAGAACAGCAGAACAAGAUUUGUUGGUACUACCUAUUUUUCAAAUGUUUCAAAGCCAUGGUUCUCAGGAAAACUGGUCAUGGAACUCAAUUUUCAAGAUUCGUCCUCAAGGAACAAAUCAGCCAAGCCACAGAUUGAUUGGUCUCUGGAGAAUACUGUACCAAAAAACGUUAUGGUAUCAAGCACAAUUAAGUCGAAGAAUUCCUGAGGGUGACAUACAGUCAACUGAAAAGAUGACCCAUGAAGUGGCUACUGUUAAGUCCCUGUUAUGCCAUCUACAGUGUGACUUACAGAGCGCUGGUGAUCACUUGAACCAACCCUUAGCGCUUACCUCUCUUGAUGGUGAAGAGAGUUUUCUGUUAGGCUCAUAUGAAAAGGCUGUUCAGCUAUGGAAGAAGGCACUUCAAGAAACCCAAGAGAAAGGAGGAAGGAGAACCUGUUUUCUUCAGAUACGCUAUUAUCUCUCUCUCUUGUACUGCCAUCUCUAUAAUUAUAAUUUAAAUGAUGCUCAAGGAUUAUGUGAUCAGCUGGUAAGGGAAGUGCUGAGAUGGUCCCAACUGCCUGUAAAAGAAAAUGAAGAUUAUUUGGAUGCUGAGCAGUGUCCUGGUGAGUCUGCUGGGACUGGAAAUGUCCAUCCUGAGGCAGCAGUCAGAGUGGUGCAGUCCAUGGCUCGUUUCAUGGCCGCAUAUUUCACCAAUCAGCUGCUUUGUGUUUUGCCACCUCACAGUGUCAGUGUUCUUCCUCCACUUCAUCUUAAAACUGAGCGGUCCCAUCGAUUUAUUCCUCUGCAACACUCAAAGGUGGCCAGUGUUGUUAGAGAUCAAAAUCUCUCUAAUGUGUGGACAGUUGAAUAUGCCCUUGAAUUAUUAUUUAUUGGUGGCCUAGUUCCAGAGGCUGUGUGGUUGGCCCAUAAACUUGGAGAUUGGAAGACAUCUGUUUCAAUUGGUGUGGCUUUCCAACUGUUCUGUAAACAUGAUAGCAAUUCUGUGAGGUCCAAGAAAAGGGUUCUGCAUCUGCCAUUAAAUAUGACUCCAGCACAGAUUUUCCAGGAAAAACUGCAGUGUUUUUUAGGUCAGCCUACCUCCUUGGAAGCAAAACAAGAAGUGGGCUCAAAAUAUAAAGAGUUUACAGAUCCUAUUGAAGAAGAAGAUGCAAAUGUGCUCUUUAGUUCAGUGCAGGAGGUCCUGAAAGCAUCGGCUAUGGCUGAUGCAGAUAUUGUCUCGGAGACGCUUCAGCUUCUGAUGGACUCUGCCAAGGACUUCAGUAAGAGCCUGUGGGGCUUAGUGCCUGUCAGCUUGUAUCUUCCAGCUCCUCCAUUAUACUGUCCCCAGCCAGCUGUUCUUAGUGAAGAAGAUGGUGAUGAUCUUCUUUUAAAAGCUGAAAAAGAUAAUCGUCAAAAGCUGUCUGGAAUUCUUCAGCGUAUUCUCUUGCUUUUCCGGGCAGCUCGUUGUUCUUUUCCUGUAGCACAGUGGUACAUCUUGCGGCUGAGGUGGGCAAGGAAGGUCAUGCAGAAGGUAGCAGAAAUUUUCAUGAAAGCAUUUCCCAAUCCAGAGGAUAUAAGAGUUCCUUUACGAGAAAAAUACCACUCUCUUCAGCAGAGACUCAAACACUGUGUUGUGAAAGGUCCCCACACUGAGGAAAUGAUGUCUGUUGUCAUGCGUUCUGUCCAUAAAGUGAGGGUGAAAGCCAUGAAACGUGUGCAGAGAAAUAUAGGUUCUUUUGAGGUGAAUAUUUGGGAACCAGUUGAAGAAGAGAAACCAGAUGAAAUUCCAGGUUUCGACAGGUUUUCCCUGGGGACUAGCUUCAGUGGAAGCACCCUCACAGAACUGGGCAGUUCUGUGGCCCACAGUGAUGCGGAUACCUUCUCUGAAGGAUUGUCAGUUGAAGAAAAAAACAGGCUACCUUUCUCCCACAGGAAUACCCCAAGGAACUCAGAACUAUCAUUUGUUGGUCAGCCCAGUAAUAGAAACACAAUUUGUGAGCAGAAAGAAAGCUCUAUAGGGAAAGAUCACAAAAAGUUAUCACAAAAUAUGCUUCCUGUAAUAGGUGUUUGGGAAUUUGAGCGAGAUGAUGAUGAGUAUAUUAAAUUCCUUGAUCUCUUUUUGAGUUAUGUUCUUGAAAGAGACCUAGUCAGUUCCGGAGAUCCUGGCAUUCCAUUUCUAACUAGUUUUUCUGGACAGCUUAGGGAACAUGAACUUAAUUCUUUACUUUUUGAUGUACAUACAACAUUAAAACGACGUCAGGGAAAAACCAAAAGUCAGAAUGUGUAUAGAGCUGGCUCCUGCUUUGUUGCUGUUCCUGAGUCAUAUGAAUCUGAAAAAUCAUCUGCUUUAAAUGAUAAAUGUGCUUUAAGUUUAGACAAGCAGGCACUUUCAGCAUUGGAACCAGUUAAUCGAAGGAUCAGACCAGUUUUAGAGAAUCCAUCAAAUGAAGUCACUAAAAGUGAAGAAAAAGAAGGAUUGUUUGGCUUAAAGCAGAAGUCAAUUUAUAGAAUUCAAGAUGGUAAUCAAGAGAAAUCUCUAAUCCAGGAAUCUUCAAAACAUAAAUUUUGGACGCCAGAGUCCAUUAAAACUAGAAAAUGCAGUUUCAGAGCUAUUCAGUGCAGUGAUACUAACCUGCAGGAGGAUCUUCCUGUGGUGCUAGAGAGCACGUACAGCAGUGUAGGACGACUGCUAGAGUGGAUGGUGAGGUGGUCUGAGCGAAGGCUCCUCUGUGAUUCUGGUAUCACUCGGUUGUCCUCUGAGUACAGUGCAGUUAUUCGUGUAAAGACCUCUACAGCUGCCAUUCUUACAUCUUUGUGGCUUUUGGAACAACCUUAUUUUGUGACAUAUAAGGCAAAAAAUAAGGGGCCAGAGAGUCAGUGUUCUGUGCUUCAGAUGAAACCCAGUAUCCAGAGGGACAGCAACACUCAUGUUGGCCAUUUAGCUGCAGGGGCAACUCAAGGUGGAACUGAGGAAAGUAAUGACUGGAGUCAGUGUAGUCAAAGUGUCUUCACUAGAAUGUCAACUGAAGCAGAAGACCCAAAAGUAAAAGAAUUCAGUGAAGAGGCUACUUUUAUUACUCAUAAUACCAAAAAAGAAUUUAUAGAUACCAAUGAGAAUAUUUUACAAGCAGAAACAUUUCCACGGGAUGGAAUGGAUAUGCACCUAUCAGACUGUGAAGAAGAACCUGUUGUAAGGCCCACGAUUGCCAUUUGCACGCAGACUAUACCACAGCAAUUAGAAAAACAAUCCACAGAAGAGGUUUGGUGUCCAAGGGAAGAACCACUGGAGACAAAUGUGGAGGAAAAAUCUGAACCACAAGGUAUGAUCGAAGCCUUUUCAAAUCCUGAACACACCAUUCCUCAUUCAUUUUGUGUAGAUGCAAGUUCAGAAGUUUCUAGUGCACAGAUUUCUGCAUCUAAAGAUAAGUCUCCCUCAGUUCCUUCUCUUGUGUCAAAUGGAAUCCACACAGCUUCACAGACACCUGUUCCAGCACCUCAGAAGACACGCAGAGAUGAACAUAGGACUCCUUUACCAGAUUCUUCUGAUUCUGUUAGGCACAUGCUCCAAGAUGAAAUGUUUAAAUUAGUUCAGCUACAGCAGAUCAACUUCUUGAGCCUCAUGCAAAUAGUAGGAUCAUCCUUUGCUAACCUGCCAGACACUCAACAGCUUCUCCAGCAGGCUCAGUCUGUGUAUCUGGGGGGAAGCCAAGUAUUAAGCCACACAAGAGGGAGUGGUGAUGUUGAGAUCAACAACAGUAGACAUCUUAAGGAGAGAUUUUUUAUUAAACCACAAUCCAUGGGAGAGGAUACCCGGGAGCCCGACAAGAGCAGCCCACGUAGCCAUGAAGGAAUUAUCCAACCUGAUCAAUAUAGUAAUGGAAAUAUAGAGAAUGUUCCACAUGGGAGUAUUGCUUCAUGCCAGUUAGGCAGCCAAUCCCAGAAGAGAGGACCAACCCCUCCAUCAGAAAGCUUAGCAUCCACUUUGUUUCCUCUUCCUCCUGCUAGAAAUAAUCACCCCCCUCUUUUAUCUACCCCUUCUGCUGCCCUGAAGAUACCUAGACUUAUCCCACCUGCCAAAACACUUAGUCCUGGCUAUGGUUUUCCUUUGCUUCACUUUCAACCUAAGCAGGAGUUCAGGCCCCUUCCUUUACAUGUAGGAAGCAUUCCAAACGUUCCCUCCCGAUCUUUGGCCCAACUGAGAGAAGCUUGUGCAUUAAGUAGUUCCCUCCAGCCUCUUCCACAGGCAGGAAUAGACACUAUCUCAGGAUACCAUUCGAAUUCAAGCCACUGCAUUAAAGAAGCUACUGAACAGAAGAAAUGGGCAGAAACUGGACUUACAGAUAUCCCUAAGUACGUGAACAUGGAUCAGUAUGUUGGGCAAAAAAACUUGGCUUCUCAGCAGGACUCAGUAUUUAAGAAACCAGAAAAACAAUUUGAUGGUAACCUGAGGCCCCCUGAGGCACCUCCUCAGAAUUCCUGUGGACUUCCAUUAUUGCACCUGCAAUUUAAACAGCCUUACAUAUUUUCAUCAGUCUCAAGAGCAACAGUUACAGUUCCUUCAAUACCCAUGAGAACUGUAGCAGAAGAGAAAAAAUGCCCACAACUGUUACUUUUUCCUCAUCUAAAAGAAAAUAUGUACAAGAAACCACAGCUUAUUCCACUUGAAAAUCUCAUUGCAUUUAAACAAAGCCAACAAAAAUUAACACAUAAUUUGUUUGAACAAGGUGAUUCUGGUCACCUUCACCUUUUGAGGGUCGAAAUGGAACCAUCUGAAACAAGAGAAGGAAAGACCAGUAAAAAAAGGCAAAGGAGACGAACUGAGAAAGAGCUACAAGAAAAAAGAUCUGAGAAAUUGCAGAGAAAACCAAAUGUGAAUUUCCGGCCAGAAGAAUCUCUCAUUCAUAGUGAGGACUCAGAAGCUGUCGUGAAACCCAAGGAAGAAAAGCAUCAUGAUUCUCAGCCUUUGGAUAAUUUCAACAUUCCUUUUGAAAUGCUGCAAGAUGAUGUUAAUACUUCGGCUGGAUUGCAUUUCAUGGCCUCUAUACAGAAGAAAGCCAUAGGAAGUCAGGAUGCAAGUACAAAUACAGAGCCAGAACAUGAACCUUUGCAUGAUCGUCAGCGGUUGGUACCAGAUAUAUAUCUAAAUAUCAAACUUUCCACUGAAAGACCGGAGAAACCUCCGUCACCUUCAACACCUCAUAAGGUGGGACACUCUUACAUAAAGGUGGUUGACAUUGAAGCUGGUGAUCUAAAGGAACUACCUGUCGGAGCAGAGCCCGCAAAGGAGGAUGUGAGCGAGCCUCAGAGCAGUCCCCCAGACGUCCCUUCAUCUGCAGAGUUACAUUACCUGGCAGCGACAGUCAGCAGUGCCCUGGUGCCACAUAGUUUUAAGAGUGAAGAAUCUGCCAAUUCCACUGUGGAUUUGUUUUUUAAACCUGCAAAAGUGGCUCCAUCCUACCUGGAAAGAAAAAGCUGGAGAACAGGUGAAGAAGAAAAGGAGCCUGGGAUUCCCUUGGCAGCACCCACAGACAGACAGCAGGACAGAGUUGAACAGCAGGGUGUGCUCCCUGGCCGGCUCUCUCCCUGCAUUCCUGUCAUGGUAGAAAGAGGUCUGCCUAAACAAGCAUUCCAAUUCAAAAGACAAAGCUCAGAGUCCGACUCUGUGGAAGGCUCUCUGCUAAGGACCCUGCUGCAGGACGUCCCUGCAGCUCCCGCUGCACCAAGCCCUGCAGCCCAGCGACUGCAGCUUCUCACUGCUGAGCUGCAGAAGAUUGACGAGCAGCUAAUGGCAGUGCAGAGCAUUGCAGAGAACAUAGAGCGGGAUUUCCCCAGACCAGAAAUGGUAAAUCCACAGCGCAAAAAGGUUGGUGAGGUGGAGCACAUUGAAUUGUCUUCUGGCCGAGAAUUUGAAAAGGCAUUAGCUUCAAAACCUCUUAGCAUUUCGGAAGAAGUGCAUUUCCUGAGUCAUAUGGAGGAGGAAGAUCAAAGUGACAAAGAGAAGAUGUCAGAAGCUGAAUUUUCAGUAACAGAAAAUCAUUCUAGUCAGAAAACUUAUGUGUUCCCUUCUGCCGAUUCAGCUGUCAGCCUUUCCAGUGACCAGAAUAUUACUUUGACUGGUAUGAAGAACAGUGAUGAAUUCUUUGAGAGUGUUUCAGUAGAUCCACUCCAGAUGACGGGCUUGACAGAUAUUGCAGACAUUGUUGAUGACCUCAUAACUCACUGUGGUGUUUCCAGUAGAGAACUUGGCUUGACAGAACAACAAGCUAGGACUCUCUCCAGGAUUCCGCAUUUGCCUGGCAGAUGCCCGCAAAGAACUGAGAAAGAGAAAAGAGAAAUUCGACUUUGGAUGAAAAGAAAAAGAAAAGAAAGAAUGGCAGAAUAUUUAAAUCAGCUGGCAGAAAAAAGGGGACAAGAGCGUAGUCCUUUCUGCCCCAGAAGGAAUCCAUUUUAUAUGACUUCCAGGGAAAUCAGGCUGAGACAAAAAAUGAAGCAUGAAAAGGACAGAUUGCUGCUGUCUAGCCACUACAGUGAGCGAAUCUCCCAAGCCUAUAGUCUGAUGAGUGAGCUGCUGGCAGAGUCAGGACAACUACCAGCAGCUGCCCAGAAACCACUGCCUGGCACGCCCGGCCCUGCUCGGCAUUGUACACAACAGCGCUGCUCUUCCCCUAGGUGUGAGAAUCAGCGUGGGUACAAUUUUCCAGUAAAUCGACCUGGAAAAGUCAGAUAUGGAUCCAAACCAAGUUAUGCCCAUACAGGGAGACCUCUUGGGCCUCCUCAGGGCUCACCCCAGCCACAUGGAGCUGCCGUCCAGAGAAGAGCACGCGGAGCCACAGCGGCAGCAAGGAAAGCUAUGCAGGCUUCAGUUACCUUACGGAAAGGCUCCACUGCCCCAGCUUGCCAUCUGCAGCACACAGAGAAGCACAGACAUGCUGGGCUCGGAGGUGCAGCGCAGGAGGUGUGUAUGGAGUAUGAGAGAGAAGAGAUGGUGGUGAGCCCUUGGGCCUUACCUGAAGAAAUCCGCAGGAUUCUCCAUGGAAGCCACGAUUCUCUUCUACAGGACUUAUCACCAACCGAAGACGACCAUGAGCCUCCUUUCGGAGUGGGUGGCACGGACAACAUGUCUGAGAGCACUGGCAGCAUCCUCAGCAAGCUUGACUGGAAUGCCGUUGAGGACAUGGUGGCUGGCGUGGAGGACAGGAGCCUGUCCGUCCAGUGGGCCUUCGACCUGUAAGACCAGUGUGACAGCCGUUUCCAGCACCUCCUUAGUGUGGUUCAGAAAGACUUGAAGGGCACCAUGGGACUUUACCACCUGCUGUCAUACCAAUACUUAGCCAUUUCAAAAGGGAAAAAUAAACAUUUCUCAUUAAUUUUGUCUCCAUG